AUGCCCAUGGGAACGUCCAUGGGAUGUUCAUGGGAACGUCCAUGGGAUGUUCAUGGGAACGUCCAUAGCAAUGUCCAUGAGAAUAUCCGUAGAAAUGCCAUAGAAGACACAUCAAAAUUAGAUCGAAAAUACAACUUAUUGACAAAUUAA